GUAAUGAACCAAACGAUAGCGACAGCGACGCUAAGAUCGGCUGCAUUUUUAUUUUCACCUUUGUUCGGCUGGCCGACGCGACUAGAGAGAAAUUUUAAUUAAUUCAAAAUUUAAGCGUAGUGGCCAAAUGUAAUACGUUGUUAUAUUCACUUGAUGAUGUAUGUAACUUUCAGGAAUAAGUUCUUUUAAAGAGUCAAUUGAAACAUGAAAGUUAUAUGGCGAGAAAUCUUUGCUUAGCAUUGAUUAAGAAUAAAUUGAGAAGCUGGUUCGACGAGGUAGACAGGCAAAGUGCUAGAAAGGAGAAGGAGUAAGUGAAGGUACAACUAUACAGUCUGUAUACAGAGUACAUACUAUCCCGAUCCAGACGUGGAAUCACAAUAAUAGUUGCGGAAGAAAUCGAGCGGUUGUAGGCGAUGGAAGCCGAUUUUGGUACUUUCGCUGAGUCACUAUCCGCUUCCUCCGAAGAAGAUGAUGACUUCUCAACGGCUGAAGAUAGUUCUGAUGACUCGGACGGUGCGAGUAGCUAUGCUCAACAGCAGCGCCAACAACUCUAUGGGUUUAGGGAAAUGACAAGCGUAAACAACAGCCCUAAAAAUUUGGUACAGAAAAUUUACAACAGAGAACGGACUGGUAAUUUCACGUGUAGAAAACGUUUGACUCAGGCACCAGAACGCGCAUUCGACCAAGUGCCAAAUAGAUUAAGAUUUUGCCUCAAGGAUAUUGUGCCGAACUGCUUCCUACAGGGACACAUGUUUAUGGGUCUUAGCGCCUGUGGUCAGUUCCUGCUGAGCUAUAAGGUAUGCUGCAAUGACAAUAUGAUUGCUAAUCACUAUUCCUUUAGUAAUGGAUAUAAGUACAGUUUGUACUUCUGGGUAUACCAACCACAUAAACCGCUCCGCAGCUUCUUCAAGUGCUGCCUUUUUGACGAUCAUGGCGUUGACAAUCUGAAAAAAGUAACAAUGACUCAGUGGAAGUGUGCCGAUCCUCGCAUUCUCAUUGUUCAUGGCGCCGCAGAAAAUGAGAAUGAAGAAUCAUACAUAACUUACGUUAAAGUUCCUAGACUCGGUUGUUUGGAAUGUAAAAAAUUACGAGAUUAUGAAGAUAGCACCUUCUUUCGCUGGCAUAUGUUGUGCUUGAAGUGCAAUCUCACUAUACACACCAAGUAUUCUUCAACCGAAUCCGAUCCAAAAUUUAGCUCGCAAAUUAAUCUGAUUUGCCCCGAGCGUAUUUUAAUAGUUUCAAACGGUUUUGUGCAUAUGAUGCACAUUGAAUUGAUACCUCCCGCUGGUGCAAUCAAUGCCAUACAACCUCAACAGCAACACCAACAGUUGACAUCUAGUCGCAGCACACCAUGCCAUGAAUCAUCAGCGGCGAGCACAUCGAGUAUGGAACGUCGGCUGAUGCCGCUCACUGCUGAUGAGCAAGCUAGUUGUGACAAUCACAAUAACGUUAUCGCCCGCAUUAUUGCCGAUUUUAGUGACGUCGAAACGGAUUCGACACAUUCCAGCGAAACGCCUAUACGGCCUUCACAAAGUGACGCAUCCGUUACUUCAUCGAGCUCGGCAGUAGCAUUUAUUUCACGAAAAACUUACGAUGAAGUAAUUUUCACAUGUAGCGGCAGCGCUUCACCCAACGCUACAGUUGCUUCGAGCAGCACUACAACAAGUAGCAACGCCAAAGCUGCCGAUACCACAGCUAGUACGACAUCGACAGGGAUCAAUAAUAGUCCCAGCGGCGGUAGUACUGCACGUUUUAGCCUGAUCAACCAUCGUGGUAGGCGUCAUCAUCGCAUUGUCACAAAAUCCUUCCGUAAUGGCGUUACAAGCAUCGAUCUGCAAACUACAAUUCCCACUUCCAGCAAUCCGGCAGCAUCAGCAACCACGGCCGAUCGCCUAAAUGCUUAUGAGUUCUCAGAGGACAACGAAAAGUGUGAAAAGAUUUCUACAUUGCGCAAACGCCGUUUAGCUGAUAAAAAGUAUGAAUUCUCUGAGGACAACACAGAAAAUAUUGUACCAUUUACGAAGAUACGUUCUGCCAAUAAAAACCUCGCUAUGUCGCAUUAUACUACAUCGUAUGGCAGUAGCAGUACACGUUCACUGCAUCGUUCAGCGACCACAACUGCUGCAAGCGGCUCUCAUCAUUUCUACAAUUCGCCAUGUGCUUCACCGUCAUCCUCGCCACGGCCUUCACAUGCUUCCCCGUCCAAUUGUAGCGACGCUCGCCAUUGCACGCCGCCUCCUAUGCAUCGCGCCUCGCCCAUAACGUCGUUGCAACAGGGAUUUCGUUCGCCGCCUUGUAGUUCACCUGUUGCUGGUGGCCUGAUACGCUCACCCAGCCGACACGUGACACCAGCCCACAUUUACGGCUCCAUAUCGCCACCGCAGACCAUUUCAACAGCCACACAGCAAAUGCUUAGCUUCAAGCCGCUGGGCACUUUAUCGCCACUGCAAGUGUCUAUGGCCAAACGGCAUCUAGAUUUGAGUGGCACCAUGUCGCCGAAUGCGCCAUUCCUGUCCCCGCGUCGUGAAGAAAAUCGUGUGGUGGAGAUGCCUCUACAGGCGGGCACAAUACUAGAGAAACCGGUGUGUACGAAAAAAUUCAAAAGGCGAUUUGUGGAGGAAGACGACGCUGCAUCGGUUAUAACCAGUGAAGAAGAUGAUUGCAUUUCGCCCGGCUAUCAUACAUCGCUGCCCGUUGAGGUGCACGGCUCGUGCUAUUCAGAAAUGCAAAUGGUAUCGCAGGCAACAUACCAACAACUCAAUUGUGCCAGUGUAGUAAUAACGCAACACUCAUUUGAUUUGGAAACUUUCACGUACUAUGCAAUAAGUGCGCUUUGCCAGAAGAAUGAAAAAACCUAUGAUGUUUUCUAUGAUUGGGCGUGUGAGCUAAUCAGGGUUUGCCCAGUCAGUCAAACAAUUAUUUGUCUGUUAAUGGCACAGUUCUCUGCUCGCGAUCAACCACCAACAUCGCCAACGAAUUGCCUCAACUGUUCACGCAAGUUGGACUGCGCUUUCCAUCGUCGUCAAUUUGAGUGCCGCAUACUUUUCACUUGGAAUAUGGAGAAUGGCGAAUGGGAAGUGCUUGACUAUGGUGAAUUGUACGAGUGUAAGCUGUCGGAUGUGAUAAGCCCAAUCAAACGUUGCGGGCGCAUGCCAGUUACAUUGUCGCAGCCCGCAAAGAAGCUGGCCCACGAAAUGUCCAUUAGCCUCAGCAAAAUAGAACAAAAUUAUACCUAUAAUUUGCGUGUACUUGACUCGAAUAUAAGGAAGUCCAAAUUUAGUGUGGCCGACCAUGACAAUGUAAUCGAGCUGUGCUUAAAACGGCCACGCGACAGCGAUGCAUAAACGGCGCUAUUUGCAUACGUAUAAUAUUUACAAAUAUAAUCGUGAAUGUGAGAAGAGAAUCAUGAGGAGAAUGUAUGUAUGUAUUUUGAGACUGAACGUUUUUGUUAGAUUGAAAACGCUCUAGAAAAACGAGCCAAAUGCUCAAGUCAUUUAAUUGAAGUUAGUUUAAAACGUAUCAAAAGACUACAAAUGAAAAUAUGCUGUCAUUUUUUACUAUUAAGUACUUAUGAAUAAGUAGGUAUGAAUAUUUUAAUUUGAAUAGAAUUUUUGUGAUUUUUUCUUUUCCCUUACUAGAAAUUUAAUAGUUUACUUUCCUCUAAGAAACUUUUUUUAUUGUUAUUCGUGAAUUUGCUUUUUUCUGUUUGCCAAGGGAGCUAAAUGAGUUAAUUAAGUAUCAAUUGUGAAAUUAAAAAAAAAAAAAAAACAAAAAAAAAAUCGUAUCUUCACGUACUUGUGAAUACGAAAUGGGUUUGUAAAAUUUAUUUACAUUUUUAUGAGUAUUUUGAUUAAUUAAAGUCAGCUCGAAUAUUUUGUUAGGUUUUGUUUAUUCGGAAAGCAGACUAGACGAUUUUUAUUGAAUUAAAAAAAUUCAAUUAAAAAGAGCACAAAUUGAAUGAGAAACCUAUUCAAAUGAAUUCCCUUCAACAUACAAUCCAUUAAUUACUCCAUAUUAUCUUUGUCAACUAAAAAAUUUAAAAUAAAUCAAAUUUGGAUUUCUUGUAACGA